ACACACACACUACACCUUGGGAAAUGCUAGGUGGGAUAAAACACUGACCAAGCCAUCCAAAUUUGCAGAUUCAACCUGAAGUGAGCAUCACGGUCAGUCAGACUUCACAGAGCCUUUAAGUCUGCCAUGUUAGUAGAGUGCUAAGCCAAGACUGACCAAAGGAGCGAGCUAAUUUCAUCUCCAGCCUCUGGAUGGGCUGAGGCCUACCCUUGUGAGGCUGGCGGUGUGUCCUCCGCUCAGGUGCAAAAUCACUUCCCGAGCAUUGUAUAAGUCUUAAAAUACACCACAGGCCCUGGGGGAGUUUUUUUGUUGUUUGUUUUUCCUGGUAGUCUCAUCACCAAGGCUAGCCUGAGUUUCACUAUGAAGUCCCAAGAGUGCUGGGAUUGCAGGCGUGAGCCACCCUUACCUGGCAAAGCAUUUUUUUCACGUGUUUAUUGAUGUGUCAUUUAACUAUAACAAAAUCAUCAUUGGAAUUUUUUUCACGUACACCAUGUGUGUUCCUGGUACCCACAGAUCCUCUCCAACUGGAGUUGUGAGCAGUUGAGAUCCACGUGUGUGCAUGUUCGAAAUCUUAAACUCAGUCUUCCGUGUGUCUUUCAAAAUUAAGGGCUUUUUGUUCUGUUUCUUGUUGACUGCCGAUACCAUUAUCCGGCCUCCAGUGUUUAAUUUUCAGGUAAACUUUUUCGUAGGUCCUAUCUCAAGAUAUCAGAAGUAAAAUCUGCUGUCUCUGGGAUUGCAAGCCUAGGAUUCAUGCACCAGUCUGUCAAGCCACGGAAUCCGCCCUUUAGCCAAUCGGCCGGCCUUAUUCGGGUUGGGGCGGGGACGUCCUGGCGGCGCGCGUGCGCAGAGAGCGCGCCCUUUCCGCCACCGUAGCUCGUGCUGUCACGUGGGUGCCCGGUUGUCAUGGCGGCCGCCCGGAAGCCAGUGCUGCUGGGACUUCGAGACACGGCGGUCCAGGGCUGCCCCAAGGGGCCCGCCGCCUGGACGGCUAGCAAGCUGGGCGGCGUCCCGGACGCCCUACCUGCCGUUACCGCUCCGGGGCCGCAGUGUGGCCGCUGCGCGCAGCCGCUCGCGCUCGUCGUGCAGGUGUACUGUCCGCUGGAAGGCUCUCCGUUCCACCGGCUGCUGCACGUGUUCGCCUGUGCCCGCCCCGGCUGCGGCGACGGAGGGACGCGCAGCUGGAAGGUGUUCCGCUCCCAGUGCCUGCAAGUGCCAGAGAAAGAGACUCGGACCGCCCAGAUGCAGGGUAGUGGCCUGGCAGCUGAGCACUGGUGUGAAGGCUCGCAGGACUGGGGAAGCGACAGCGAGGAAACGCCUCCACCAGCACCCACUGCAGAUUUGGGAACUGAAUUGAGUGAAGUCCGAGCUGCAGACUGGACUGCUGCGCAGCUCCAAGCUCUCCACCUGCAGGACACUGCCCCGGCUGUCACUCACCCUUCCCCCGCAGGGGAAGGGCCGCCCGUCCAUACUGACGUGCCACAGUUCCAGCCCUACUAUAUCUGUGUUGCCGAAGAGGACGACUACGGCAACUCUGUAGGUCUUGACCACGCCCACAGUCUUCUGCAGGACUACCAGCAGAGAGAAGGUGUGGACCUGGACCACCUACUUUCCCUGUGUUCUUCUAGUGAUGGGGAUGAAAAAUAUGAGAAGACCAGUAUUAAAAAUGGAGAUCAAACGUUUUACAAGUUCAUGAAGAGAAUUGCAGCCUGCCAGGAACAGAUUCUGAGGUAUUCGUGGAGUGGAGAGCCUCUCUUUUUGGCCUGUCCCACACUGGAAGUCUCUGAGGUCCCAGCCUGCAGUGGCUGUGGAGGCCAGAGGACGUUUGAGUUUCAGCUUAUGCCAGCACUGGUCAGCAUGCUCAGCAGUCCCAACCUAGGUCUUGCUGUGGAGUUUGGAACAAUUCUCGUUUACACAUGUGAGCAGAGUUGCUGGCCUGCGAAUCAGAAGACUCCCAUGGAAGAAUUCUGUAUUAUACAGGAAGACCCAGAUGAAUUUUUAUUUAAGUAGAACACUUUGUCUUAUUUAUACAAAUUAAAACAAAUUUUCAUAUUCAAAUGUAUGUAUGUUUACCUUAUUUUAGCUUCUCUCUUCCCUUGAGACAGGGUAGCCUUGAACUUGUGGCAAUCUUCUUGCCUCAGACUAGCAUAUAAAUUUUUAACUAAUG